GCCGCCUGGAAGGUGACCGGUGUGUGGUCUGUCAUUGGGUUAGAUCAAUCCUGUUGCAAAAUGUGGAAGAAAAUCUGAUCAGACAGAAAAGAUAUUUAACAGAAUAAUCUUUGUCAAAUGGAAUGGAAUAUCAAAGUUUCAUGGAUUCUAAGUAAUUAAAACUUUUUUUGGUACUCUGUGUGUCAGAAGAGAAAUCUGCAGCAAUGUUGAAAAAUCCUGUCUUUGUGGAGUCAUUCAUUGUUUUCAUCAUUGUGCUAUCCGUCCACGCUGUAAUCUGGAACAAGUUUUCCUGGUGUACUCUUGCCUUGGCCGUACAGGCUUAUUACGUCCAGCACAAAUGGGACCGGCUGCUGAAAUCUGGCAAUGCAGUUUUUCAAUACAGACCGGUUUUUAGCAGUGGGCUCCUGCCAGCCAGUGUCGUUUUGCCUCUUCUAGGAAUUGUCUUAAAGGAGAGGUGGGAAAUGAUUGGAAAUGUGCACUUUGAGCGGUUUUGCAUUGUGUGUUCAGCUGCAGGAAUGGCCAUUGCUCUAUUUGUCUCAUUACUGGCUUUAGGGCUCACAAAACCAAUUCCAACUAACACCAGCAUUGUGUACGGUUUCGCAGCCAGUGCCAUAACGUACACAUUUAAGCACUCUCUUUCUGUUUCCGAAGUCAUUGAAAUCCUGGAGGUGUUAUUGAUCUUUGUCUAUCUUUCUCUCAUUGUCCUUUAUAUUAUGCCCAGAAGCUUCACCCCAGGAGAAGUGAUGUUGUUCUUAUCAGGAUUAAGCAUAGCGACUAACCAGCUCAUCAAACGCUCUUUGACUUUUGGGGAUAGUAGAUGUGAUCCUCUUGCAUCAUUCCUAUUGGUGGCUGUGGUUGGAACAGCUCUUCUAGGGCUGAUUUUCGCUAUUUUGUACUGUUUCAUGGACUCAGAGACGUGGGUUUCAUCACUGAUCUUCCAUGUAAUGGCAAUUAUUUUUGGCUUGGGAAUCAUAGUACCAUGGUUCUACCGACUAACUAGGAGCGAUCUUUUUGGUUGGCUUCUCAAGUUCCUCACUAACACAAGAACCAGGAUCUACCUACUCAGCAGUUGGUUCACACUGGCACUUAUUGCUACAGUCAUUGUCUUUCAUCAGAACCGUAAGCAAUCAUCUACAUCUAAAGAUUACAAAGCUUCCACUGUUGUAAGGAAAAGCUUUCAUGUCAUUAUAGUGGCAACCUACAUCCCAGGGCUCAUCUACGAUCGUCAGUUACUCUACGUUGCUGCUGUGUUUUGUUUUGCUGCAUUUGUGGUGCUGGAAUAUAUCAGGCAUUUUAGGAUUAAACCAUUUGGUAUGACAUUGAAAUCAAUGCUGGCCCUGUUUCUUGAUGAACGUGAUAGUGGUCCCUUAAUUUUAACACAUAUUUACUUGCUGUUAGGACUGACCCUGCCAGUAUGGUUGUUCCCUGGAGUGUUUGUCCCCAAAAGUUCUUUUCCAGGGGAGGUUGCAUUGGCUCCGUAUGCUGGAGUCCUGGCUGUGGGGAUUGGUGAUGCCAUGGCCUCUGUUUUUGGAAGCACAAUGGGGGAAGUUAAGUGGCCUGGAACAAAGAAAACCUUUGAAGGAACGGCAACCUCUAUCUUUGCCCAGAUCAUUUCUGUUGCUUUGAUUCUGAUCUUUGAUAAAACAGUGAGCCUGAAUGGCAGCUACACCUGGAUUGUGGGAUCUAUUACUAUUGUCUCUCUCUUGGAAGCUUACACUGAUCAAAUAGACAACCUUUUUUUGCCUUUGUAUCUUUUUAUCAUGUUGAUGGUGUGAAGGAGAUUACUGGCUAUACUGAUUUUGCAGUUAAUCUAUUGUCUUUUCUGCUAUCAGUAUACUGCUGUUAAAAUCAGAAAAAACUGUAAUAUUUUGUAUCUAGCUGAACGAGCUUAUUAAUUUAUUCUGAAGUCAUCUCAUCAAGUUAAUAGCUGACUGAUAAAUUAACAGUGUAAAUGGUAACAAAAAUACAAAAGAAACUGUAAAGGCUUCCCCAAUGAUAAAUUCACUUGUAAACAAGGAAGUUCCCUGGUGUAUACCGAGCUAACUAGUCUCAAUGUUGUCAAGGCAAACAGAUUAAUAUAAAUUAGCCAGGUUUCCUUUCCGCAACAGGUAGUGCAAAUGAAGGAAGAUUUUUAUGUGUUGGGCAUAGGUAUCUCUUAGGUGGGUGAAUGAAGAAUCAUACUCAAAACAGCACUUUGGUAAUUAACCAUAUUGCCUUUCAUAUGUACCUCAACACUAGUCAUUUUAUUCAAGGAAAGAAAAAAAUUGCUGAGUGGUAUUUUGCAGUUUGAUAAAAAUGAAAUAUAAAUAAUGUGCUCCAACAACUGAUGCAAUAUUGUUAAUCUUUAUUAGCCACAACCUUGUUUUUAAUUAUCCAAAGCAUCGAUUUGUUUAAAAAGACUGCAGCUACUGUGAAGCUCAGCUAAUCUGGCAGUAUCUGAAAAGUAGAAAAUCUUUCCCCUUACUCCUCCAUAUUCCCUGCCCCACCACCCCCACAAUAUCAAAUGAAGAUGGGAGGGGAGAAAUCAUACAGUACUGGUUUUAAAAGAGAAAAUUUUUCACUGAAGAGCAACAUUUUAGUCAUCCUGAUGGGUCUCAAAAUCUUGUUGAAUAUAAAAUGAUGUCUGAAAGCUAGUCAUUGCACUUUCCAGUGUAUUUAGUGAAGAGAAAACAGAGAACUAUAAAAAAAUUUAGUCUGACAUUGGUAAUAGGAAAAAUGCAGCAAUCUAUUAUCAAAGAAAUGUUAAAAGGGCUUUUAGAAAACAGGAUUGGCCAGAGUUAACUUAGAUUUAUGAAACAGAAAUCAUUUUUGACAAAUCCAUUUUAAUUUUUAUUUUGAGGUUGUAACUAGCAUAAUAAAUAAGGGUGAACUAAUUGAUGUGGUGCAUAUAGACAUUCAUAAGGCCCUCAAUAGGGUGCCACACAAGAGAUUAUUGAACAAAAUGAAAGUGAUGGUAUGAGGGUAAUUUACUGUUAAGGACUAAGAAUUAGUUAAUGGGCAAAAGACAAGGUAGGAAUAUCAGUUAAUUUUUGAGUGGGGAGGAUGUGGCUGGUGGAGCACCUUGGGGUUGGUGCUCGGGCCCCAGCUGUUUGCAGUGUCUAUCAAUGGUUUAGACAACGAUACCAAAUAUCCACAUUUGCUGACUACACAGAGCAGGAUGGCAAUAUGGACAGAGAAGAUGCAAAGGGGCUUUGCGGCUGCAGACAGAUUGGGUCAGGACAUGGCAAAUUGAAUAUAGUGUGGAAAAAUUUGAAGCCAUCCACAUUAGUAGAAAAGAUAAAAAGGUGGAGUAUUUUUAAAUGGUGAGAGAUUGAAAGGUAUUGGUAAUAAGAGGAACCUGAUGUCCAGAUACAUUGAGCAGUUAGGAAGGCAAAUGCAAUGUUGGCUAUUAUUGCAAAAGGUUUUGUGUACAAGAGUAACACUGUCUUGCUCUAUCGGGGCCCUGAUGCAAUUGAAUCUGGAAUAGUGCCUACAUGUCUGGUUUCCCUACCUAAUGAAGGAUAUACAUGUGACAGAGGAAGUGCAGCAAAAGUUCACCAAACUAUCUUGGGGUGGCAGGUUUUACAUAUGCAAAGAGGUUAAGCAGACUGGGCAUAUACACUUCCAGUAGAAUGAGAGGUGAUCUCUUUCAAACAUACAAAAUUCUGACUGGGGUGUCUAGAACCUGGGGUUGCAUUUUCAAAAUAAGGACUCACCCAUUCAGGACAGAGAUGAGAAGAAAUUUCAACAGAGGGUACUAAACUUUUGGAAUUCUCUACUCAAGAGAGCUGUGAAGGCUCAGCUGUUGAUUAUAUUCAAGACAUUGAUAGAUGUUUAGAUACCAAGGGUAUCAGCGAAUGUAGGGGUCGUGCAGGAAAGUGGCAUGGAGGUAAAAGAUCAACCACAAUCUUAUUGAAUGGCAGAUGAGAUACAGGGGACAAAUAGUCGAUUCUUGCUUCUAUUUGUUAUAUAUUGACGAACAUUAGUUCUGAUGUCUCUUAAUGUUGCUGUGAACCAGAAGCUAGUGCUCCAUUUGGUGUUUAGUAUGUAAUAGUGCAGAAACCUAACAACUUGUGUGCGACAUUGUGUUUUCUGCUAAAAUUGAGUACAAAAAAAAGAGCAAAUUAUAAAUUGAAUUUGAAAAAAGCAAUGAUCAAGCUUCUUCAGAGCUGGUGGGAGUGGGGGUGGAACUUAGCAGAUAGAGGAGUUCCUUAACAUUUCCUGUAAAUGUUGGCCUACAUUAUGAAGAGGCCUCACUGUCAAUUGCUGGCCAUUUAGCGGCAAUUGGCAUUUAAUCCUAAAAUAUACCCAUGUUAUCAAGCUCUUUGCUUUGGUGCCAAUUUAUAUCUGAAUAUGCUGCUAUCUUUGGUAGUUUUCCUGCAUUAAAGGCCUACUUUGAUACAAAUUGUUGGCCCAGGGAGCAAAAAGAGUGGAAGUAAGAGAUCUCUCUUAUAAAUGUGCACACCAACACAAAAUAUUGCAUAAGGUUUACAGUCACUAAAUAAGAAAUUUAUAACUUUCAUUCAUUCUGUGCAAUUUUUGAAACUUUGUAUUUCCUCAUGCUGAUUGGGCACAAAACACAUUCUAAAUGUCACCCAGUGCAUGUUAAUUCACCUCAAAUUUUCUGAUGUGAUACCAGAGAAAUCUUAAUCUUUUAAAUGGUUUUAAAAAAAUAACUCAGCCUUAUAAUUCAUGUUUAGACUUUUAAUGAACAUGAUAUGGGUGUGAAAUAUUGCUGAAGGUUAAAUACGAGUUUCAUGACUAGAAAUGUACUUAUUGACCUUAUCUUCAAAAUAAGUAAUUUGACUUUGUUUUUAAAAAUAAAACCCUUUUUCUAUCGAGAUUCAGGUAGUGAAAUAAAUUAGGGUUCCUGCUUCUAAUUACUAUCCCCAGUGAUACCAGCUGGAAAAUAUUGGAUUAUAAAGCAUCUGGUUAGUUUAAGUUUAGCUACCUAUACACCAAAGGUAAAAUAGUUUGCCGAUGCUUGUAUAAAUGACCGCCUUUUCCCUCUAUUAGAUGGAUAUCAAAUUGGUGAAGCAGGAAGAGUGACAGUCCAAAGAGAAGGGGCAGCAUAUCAAAUACGUAUAUCCAAAGAUUCAUCAGCUUAAAUGAAGAAUUGUUCUCUCAUCUUAAUCCUAAAUGGGCUACCCAAUACCUUGAGAUUGUGAUCCUAGUUCUAAAUUCUUCAACCUAGGGAAAAUUCCUUCCAUCUAUGAAUUUUGCUCAUAUUAAUGAGGUGAACCCCUAAUUUUUCUAAACUCUAAAGGGAAGCUCACCUACUUAAUCUCCAUGUGACAGACCCGCCAUCCCAGGUACCAGUCUGGUGAAUCUUCACUGUGCUCUCUUUAUAUCAAGUAUAUCCUUUCUUGGAAAGGGAGGCCCAAAUUGUCCACAGUGCUCCAGGUACGUUCUCACAAAGGCUGACUAUAAUUGAAGAAAGAUAUCUAUGUUGACUUUGUUAAAUAAUAUUAUGGUUUUCUAAGGGUCCUGAUUUCACAUCCAUUAUAAGAGAUUCCAGUUAGUAUUCCAGAAUUGUAUUUUGUUCCAAACAAGUUGAGCGUAAUUCACAGGAUGCGUCAAGGAUACUUUAUUGCAUCAAUUUGCAGGAAUACCGAUAAAUUCAGCAUUGUUUGAGAACAUGGUUAGAGAGUGUAUGAACUAAGAUAAAUAUUUCCCCACAGUUAAAUAUUUUUCCUCCUUUUAUUUGAAUGAUGUACUUUGCUGUGAAAUGUUUGUUGGUUUGAAGAAAUUUACUGAGCUCAAGAUUCAUGUACAACUGUUUAUAAUGGAAUGAAAUUAGGAAAUGGAAGAUUACACAGGUCUACAAUGCAUGUCUUGUAAAAUAAAUCUAGAAUGAAUGCAAUUACUCAAUAGUUACUUUGUUAAUAUUUAACGUGAUGAACAAAAGACAAUUUCCAGAACAAAUUACUGUGAAUGCUGUAAAUCUGAA